CUUAUGGACUAAAAGAUCCCUCACUACUGCAAUGGAGAAGUCAUGGUUGCUUUGGACCUUUGUUGAAAGGUGGCUACUGGCUUUGGUUUCAUGGUCUUGGGGCCUCUGCCGUAUUUCUCUUUUACCUUUGAUAGUAACUUUUCAUUUGUAUGGUGGCAUUACAUUACUUAUAUUAAUAUUUGUAUCAAUAGCAGGUAUACUAUAUAAAUUCCAGGAUGUAUUGCUUUACUUCCCAGAACAACCCUCUUCUUCACGCCUUUAUGUUCCUAUGCCUACCGGUAUACCACAUGAAAACAUCUUCAUCAAAACCAAAGAUGGAGUUCUUCUCAAUCUUAUUCUGCUGAGAUACACAGGGGAUAAUGCAGCAUAUUCUCCUACUAUCAUUUAUUUUCAUGGGAAUGCAGGCAACAUUGGUCACAGAUUACCAAAUGCUUUGCUGAUGUUGGUAAACCUGAAAGUAAACUUGCUGCUGGUUGAUUAUAGAGGUUAUGGAAAAAGCGAAGGAGAAGCAAGUGAAGAAGGACUAUACUUAGAUUCUGAGGCCGUGCUAGACUAUGUGAUGACUAGGUCUGACCUUGAUAAAACAAAAAUCUUUCUCUUUGGCCGUUCCUUGGGGGGAGCAGUGGCUAUUCAUUUAGCUUCUGAAAAUUCCCAUAGGAUUUCUGCCAUAAUAGUAGAAAACACGUUUCUUAGCAUCCCACAUAUGGCCAGCACUUUGUUUUCUUUCUUCCCAAUGAGAUAUCUUCCUUUGUGGUGCUACAAAAAUCAAUACUUGUCCUACAGAAAAAUCUCUCAGUGCAGAAUGCCUUCUCUCUUCAUCUCUGGGCUGUCUGACCAGUUAAUUCCACCAGUUAUGAUGAAGCAGCUUUAUGAAUUAUCCCCAUCUCGGACAAAGAGAUUGGCAAUAUUUCCAGAUGGAACUCAUAAUGACACUUGGCAGUGUCAAGGUUAUUUCACUGCACUUGAACAGUUCAUCAAAGAAGUAAUAAAGAGUCACUCCCCUGAAGAAAUGGCAAAAACAUCAUCUAAUGUAACAAUAAUAUAAUUGAUACUCUUUUUCUGAUAAAAUUGCACUGUAACUUGAUUUGUGAAAAUGGUAAAAGAAUGUCAAUUUUUAAAUGUAUAUUAUGUCUGUACUUGCCUAAAGAGUGAAAUUAAACUCGGAAAGGUCUAAUACUUUAUGAUAAUGAUCCAGAUAGUUUUUAUAUUUUCAACAUUGUAAAUGAGUGAGCAGUUCUAUGUGUCUUUCCCAUACUCUUUUGGGAUAUGUUUAUUAUUCCACUUGUUCAAAAUAUAAUGAAGGUCAUUAAAAACUUUUUGUUACUACAUUAUUAUAAAUUAUCUUAGUUUAAGAAGGCAGAAAGCUCUUCAGUUUUCUCUGCUGUAUGUAUCAGCUGUUUGGGCAAUCAUGGUUAGCAAAAUAUAUUUGUAACAAUAUUUCUCUUCUAGGAUUUAGUUUAAGUAUACCAUGCAUGAUAGUGUUUUAUUCCUUGAAUGUUUGUGUUACACAAGAUAUGCUAAGUAAUGUAAAUAGCAUCAAUGCCAGUGUACACCUGUGGAUGUAUGACCCUGGAUUAUUUUUAUGGUUAUAUUAUAUUACAAAUUGAAAGUUAAGAGGAAAAGCCAAUUUUCUAUAUUAAUUUCAUUAUUUAUUCUGUAGUAGUGCUCACAAAUUUGAGCCUCCGUUACUAAACACCGAGAAAAGUUUUUUACUUUGUACAGCUAAGAAGAAAACUAACUUAUGAAGAGAGUGGGGGGAAAAAAACAGGCGUUAUCAAAAUAUAAAGGUUUCAAAAGGAUUAUUGUUUGUCUUCAGCUCAUCAUCAUAGCCAUUAUUAGCUGUCUUGCUUUUUGGCAUCAAAAUAGAAUCAUCAGUUCAGGUUAGGUGUCCCAUGUCUGUGGGUCAGGAUAGCAGAAAGAGCAGUGCUAUUUGUGGAAGAGGUGGCAAGUGGAAUGCUACAGAUUAAACUUAACAUUUUUUUUAAAUUGGAUUGAAUUAAAUGCCUGUACUCCCUCCACAUACACCUCUAAAACAAAUAGUCAGUUUAAACGUAAUUAAAUGUUUGAUUUGUGCAGUUUCUGUGAUAGGGAUAAGAAACCCACAUAAUCAUUCAUACUCAGCAAAUUUAGGAUUGGUUAAACUCUGGAGAAUAUAGAUAAUUUCAUUUUAACGUUAUUGUAUUUUGUUUACAGAAUUGUUAUUUAAAUUUUAUUUAGCAUGCAGAUUGUAAGCACCAUCAACAAAAUUUAAUUUUUUUCCCAGUCACAUUACAAGUUAAUGGUGACCACUUAUUCAACAUAACUGACAAAUAAAGCUAAUAGAAUCAUAGAAGGUUAGGGUUGGAAGUGACCUCAGGAGGUCAUCUAGUCCAGCCCCCUGCUCAAAGCAGGACCAACCCCCAACCAAAUCAUAAGAGCCUAAUUAUGACUGUCCUUCUAGAAUGAGAAUCAUUGCUUGAACAGCUAUACCAAAGCUGUGUGGAAUCAACUCAGUUAACAUGUACAAAUAUAUAAUAUUCCUUAUUUAGGUUUAAUUACUCAUUUGCUGAAGAUUAAUAUGCAGUUUGCCUGAUCAAUCAUUUUUUGACCAGACUAUGGAUAUCUGUGGGGGGAAAAAGGCUUUGAAUACUAAAAUAUGUACUAUUGCUGUUUCAGAUUGAAUUCUCUUAUACCUUUCUGCUAUAACUGUUAAGCCCUCAUUCCGGAGAGUACUUCAGCACAUGCUUUAGUCCAUUCCUGUUUAGCCGUGGCACUUACGCGUAUGUUCAGGCUGUGUUAGUUUCUGUGAACAAGGCUGCAUUCCUGAACUGGUGCCUUAAUGACUACUUUAUUAUAUAGAAGUACAGGUAUUAAAUAUGGCUAUGUAGUUAUCAGUAAAUUAAAUAUCGAUUUGAGUGUGAAGUAUCUCAACUGGAGAAAAUAGUUUUCAACAAUGGUUACUCUUUUCUUAAUAAAGGCAUAUCC